AUGUUCAAUCUAUGCCGGUUUCUUCAGGCUUUGGUAGUCGCUGUGCUCGUCGGCAAUGGCUCUAGUCAUACGACGCCGGUCAACAACCCCAUGUUAGCGAAGGUGGGGGCGGAUCUAGGUCCGGGAGCAACCGCGCCAGUGCGGCCAUUCCGCCUCGACCAAGUGCGGCUCGGCGGAGGAUUACUACAAGAGAAACGCGACCGUAUCAAGGCGUUUCUCCAGGCGUACGACGAGCGACAAUUCCUCGUUCUUUUCAAUAACCAGGCUGGGCGACCCAACCCCAGCGAUGUUUCACCUCCCGGCGGGUGGGAGGAUGGCGGACUGCUCAGCGGACACUGGACAGGCCAUUUCAUGACGGCCCUUUCCCAAGCGUAUGCCGAACAGGGCGAAACGGCUUUCAAAAGAAAACUCGAUUGGAUGGUGGGUGAACUGGCUGAAUGUCAGGAAGUGUAUACGGCGCAAAAGAAGCCCACGCAUCCAGGAUAUCUGGGUGCGCUGCCAGAAGACACAGUGCUUCGUCUAGGUCCUCCACGUUUUGCAAUCUAUGGAACCAAUGCCAGCACUAAUACGUGGGCGGCAUGGUACACGCAGCACAAGAUCAUACGGGGGCUUCUGGAUGCGUAUUACAAUACCAACAACUCACAGGCCCUGCAAGUGGCAGUCAAAAUGGCCGAAUGGGCACAUCUCGCACUGACCGUGGGUGACAAGAACCAGCACGGCUACCAGGGAAAUAUAACGCGGGACGACCUGAACUACAUGUGGGACACGUACAUCGCUGGUGAGUUUGGCGCCGCCAACGAGGUGUACUCGGAGGUCUACGCCUUGACUGGUGAUGAUCGACACUUGCAAACCGCCAUGGCUUUUGAUAAUCGCGAGUCCCUGUUCGGUGCGGCUGUGGAAGACCGGGACAUUCUGGUCGUGACACCGCAGAACAAGCCGGGCCGGCGUCGACGUGAGCGACUCCACGCCAACACGCAUGUACCUCAGUUCCUUGGGUACCUGAGGGUGUAUGAGCAGAGUGGUACGCAGGAAUACUUUACAGCGGCGAAGAACUUCUUCGGCUGGCUCGUGCCGCACCGCGAGUUUGCCAGUGGUGGCAUGAGCGGCAACUAUCCAGGAUCCAACAACAACCCCGAAUUAUUCCAGAAUCGGGACAAUAUCGCGAAUGCCAUCGCCCAGAACGGUGCCGAGACGUGCACGACAUAUAACACGAUCAAGCUGGCGCGGAACCUGUUCCUGCAUGAGCAUAAUGCUACGUACAUGGAUCACUACGAGCGCGGCCUGUUUAAUAUGAUCACGGGGUCGCGCGCCGAUACAGACAGUACUGACGACCCACAGCUCACUUACUUCCAGCCGCUGACCCCAGGCUCGAGCCGCGAUUAUGGUAAUACCGGGACCUGCUGCGGUGGCACCGGCAUGGAGAGCCACACCAAGUACCAGGAGACUGUGUACCUGCGCUCAGCGGAUGGGUCUGCACUGUGGGUUAAUUUGUACGUUCCGUCUACACUAACCUGGACCGAGAAAUGCUUCUCGAUGAAGCAGGAGACGGCCUUCCCACGCGGGGACACAGCCAAUUUCACUAUCACCGGACAGAGCGGCCCGCUGGAUAUCAAACUCCGAGUUCCCGGCUGGGUUCGUACCGGUCACGGCUUUCAAGUCACCGUCAACGGGGAGCCUCAAUCCACCAAAGACAUCCAACCCAGCUCGUAUCUUACCCUAAGCCGGUCCUGGACCACAGGCGACGUGAUCCAAGUACGCAUGCCCUUCAGUAUCCGAAUCGAGCGCGCUCUAGACCGUCCAGACAUCCAGGCAAUAUUCUGGGGCCCCGUGCUCCUGCAGACACUCGGUACGCCGACCGGUGAUAGCGGUAGUUACUGGCAGCUGUCGCUGUAUAAGCACCUAAAGCGGGAUGGAGACUAUGCAAGGGCUGCUAUUAAAAAGACAGGCACAACAUCAGCUGGCGAUCUACUCUUCUCUACUACCUCCUCCUCUAUCAACAGCAGCAGCAACAACAACAGCACCAGCAGCAGCAACUCGACUGUUCCUGUUACAGUCACCGUACGGCCCUACUACAUCAGCGACACCCAAUCCGUAUCAUCCUACUUCCAACGCUUCGAGCCAGACAUAAUCUUCGGCUCCAUAAACACAGGCAUCCCGAACCGGAAGCGCAACGAUGGACUUCCCAAUUACGACGUACCUGUCUCGGGGAUCGCGUCGCCGGGUACUGAUGGGCUGACGUUUCUGGAUGUGGUGUGGGAUCGGGCGCCGUUUGGGACGCAUGGGGAGUUUGUGGGGGUGGUGGAGAGGGUUGUGGGGGAGUUUGUGGGGGAGGGGGUUUUUACUACUGAGGAGGGGGGGACGAUUGUGGGAUGGGCGGGGAGGGCGGAGGGGGAGUUGGAUCCGUUGUGAUUUGCUGCGCUGAUUUGGGAGGGGGUGGGAGAGGGAUUAGAUACCUAUGUUGAAGGGAUCAGUGAUGUGAUCUGUUUUCCAUUUUCAUUUUUAUCACGAGGGGUCCAGUACAGGACAGUACAGUUCGGGAUAGAUCCGUUAGGAGCCCGUGUAUUGAUCACUACCUAGCACACUAAACCAACUUCAAAGCACCAAAAAACAAUCACUAAAGAAUAGCUGCAGGUUCACCAGUGAUACUGAGACUGAGAUAAAGAGAACCCUAAUCUCCAAAGAGAAAAGAGACAAGAACGUGUGCCUCUUUUGGCUGGCUCUUUUGAGCUGCUUAUAAGCAGCCUGUUUGUUUACGGGUGGGCAGCUCGAAACAAGG